AUGCGUCGUCCUCUGUAUCUGCGAAUUUUGAACACUAUUGAAGCAUACAAUCCAUAUUUUGUUCAAAAACAAGAUGCAGCUUAUAUUCUUGGACUGUCUCCCCUACAAAAGAUUACUUCAGCAAUGAGAAUAUUGUCAUAUAGAGUGGCAGCAAAUGCAAUUGAUGAUUAUAUACGUAUUGGGGAAAGCAUUGCAAUUCAAAGUUUGCAACACUUUUGUAAUUCAGUAAUUGAAAUCUUUAGACCAAAAUACCUGAGAUCUCCAACAUUAACUGAUAUUGCUAGGUUACUUGCUACUGGGGAGGUUCGUGGGUUUCCGGGUAAAGCUCCCCCUGUCCAUUACACUAUUAAUGGACACAGUUAUAAUUUGGGUUACUACCUUGCUGAUGGUAUAUACCCUCAAUGGGCAACUCUAGUUCAAACAAUCUCUUCUCUCCAAGGAGCAAAGAAGCAACAUUUUGCAAUGAUGCAAGAGGAUCAUCUUAUUGAAGCAGAGAAGGGUAACCACGCUUAUAGUUUUUCUGACGUUGAUGGUGGAUCCAUUAGGUCCCAUGAGUAUCUUCUCACCCUUGCUGUUUUUCCAUCGUCUUCGAACUCAAUUCCGGCUAUAGCAGUGCUCCACCGCCACUGA